GUGGAACUCAGCUGUCCCCCUCCCACCCGGGACAGGUGCCAGCUCCUCACUGAGCAGCUCUCUGUGCUCUCUCCGCUCCAGCGUGCCCUCCAUCAACUUGACCAGCUGCAAGUACGAGAGUGUGCGGCGGGCAGCGCAGCGCUGCGGGCUGCAGGAAGCAGCAGAGGAUGAGGAGUGGACGCUGUACUGGACAGACUCCUCGGUGUCCCUGGAGCGUCUGAUGGAGAUGAAGAGGUUUCAGAAAAUCAACCACUUCCCGGGGAUGAUCGAGCUCUGCCGCAAGGACCUGCUGGCGCGCAACCUCAACCGCAUGCUCCGCCUCUUCCCCAAGGACUACAACAUCUUCCCCCGCACCUGGUGCCUGCCAGCCGACUAUGGAGAUUUCCAGGCCUACAGACGCAUGAGAAAGAAGAGAAUCUUCAUCUGCAAGCCAGAGAGCAGCUGCCAGGGCAGAGGCAUCUUCAUAACUCACAAUCCAGAGGAGAUCAGGCACGGAGAGCGCAUGAUCUGCCAGCAGUACAUCUCCAAGCCCUUCCUCAUCGACGGCUUCAAGUUCGACAUGCGCGUCUACGUGCUGCUCACCUCCUGUGAGCCCCUGAGGAUUUUUGUCUACAAGGAGGGUCUGGCCCGCUUUGCCACCAUGAGGUACAUCGACCCCAGCAGCAGGAACCUGAAAGAUACCUGCAUGCAUCUGACCAACUAUGCCAUCAACAAACACAACCAGAACUUCAUCCGGGACGGCAGGAGAGGCAGCAAGAGGAAGCUGUCCACCCUGAAUGCCUGGAUGGCAGACAACAGCUACAACACCACGAAGCUCUGGGAGGAUAUUGAAGACAUUAUUAUAAAAACUCUUAUUUCAGCUCACCCUGUGCUGAAGCACAAUUACCAGAGCUGCUUCCCCAGCCACACCACUGGCUGUGCCUGCUUUGAGAUACUGGGGUUUGAUAUCCUGCUGGACAGAAAGCUGAAGCCCUGGCUGCUGGAGGUGAACCACUCUCCCAGCUUCAACACAGACACUGCCAUCGACUGUGAGGUGAAGGAUGCUCUCCUCUGUGACACCCUCACCCUGAUAAACCUGCAUGCCUGCAGCAAAAGGAAGGUGCUGGAGGAGGACAAGCAGCGGGCAAAGGAGCGGCUCCUCCAGGGCUCCCAGGCCCUGCGGGCACCCAGACACGAGGAGCUGGAGGCCAAGCAGGCUGCCUGGCUGGAGCAGGUGGAGCAGUACGAAGAGUCCCACCGCGGCGGCUACCGCCGCAUCUACCCAGCGUGGGGCGCGGAGAGGUACCAGCCCUUCUUCAGGCACAGCAGCUCCCUCUUCCAGGAAACAGCGGCCUCCAGAGCUCGGGAGGAGUGUGCCAGGCAGCAGCUGGAGGAAAUUCGCCUGAAAAAUGAAAAGCUGGAAGCUAUUACCAGGAAGAAGAAAAAGGAGAGGAAAGAGAACCUGCAGGGAGAGUCAGCUGGGGACAAAUCCCAGCUCCAACCCAAACCCCCAGCGCCCACCGCCCGCCUCACCCACAGAAGCACUGGGACGAGGGACAGGAAGGCCCAGCACACGCAGUACAACUCCACACAGCCCCAGGACAUCGUGGAGUAUGAGGAGAAAAGAAGAGUGAAGGCGCUCCUGCAGCGUGAGAAGCUCAUCCGAGGGCUGGGCUUCAUCCAUCAGCUCUGCCAGCUGCUCCCCAUAGCUCCCAGACCAGCCCACACCCAGAGAUCCUGCAUUGCUGACCCCCAGAGCCAGCUGCCAUGCCCCUGGGAUGUGCUCCGGGCCCAGGACCCCCAAGACCCCCCGCACUUAAUGAGGCUCGUCCCCAUCUCGCUCCUGGGAGCUCCAGUCCAGCCAUCAGGACAGCAGGUCACACGUGACCCCAGCGCCAAGGUCCAGCUGCCACCCAGCCUGGGCAUGGAUCCUGCCACCGCGGGCAGCCUCAGGGUCCAAGGGCAGAGCAUCCUUUCCUGUGCCCAGCACAGGGUGCGGAGCGCAGGCUGGCUGCGGGGCCGGGCGGCAGGGCCAGCGCUGCAUUUCCACAGGGCCAAGUCACAGCGUGGAGAGCAGCAGUGGGGUGUCUGCUUGCCCCCCACAUCUGCCACUCUUCUAACAGGUGAAGCUGGCACGCUGUCCUCCCACACAGGCAGCUGUCACCAGGUGUCCCCAGCCAGCCCAGGGAAUGCCACAAGAGGUGGCAUCUUCAGUCCUGCUGUAGUCCGGGAGCUGCCCCUCGCCUCCACCGCCCGUGUGCUGCACACACCUGGCUUGUACCGUGCCAGCGUGAAAAGCGCAGGGCCCGUCGGUGGCGAAAGAAGGCGCGGCUGCAGCGGCUGCGGCGGGAGCUGGGCGAGGGGCGCGGAGCCCCCGAGCGCACCCUGACCUGGCAGGCGAUGGAGCAGAUGCGGU